GACCCUCUUUUCUAUCUUUGUCUGUGAGAUUGGAGAUCUAUGAAGGGGUGUAGACAUGGUGUUGGAAUUCGAGAAGUACUGUAUAGUUGAAGGAAGUCCUACAACUGUUCUUCCAUUUCCUAGGCAUUGUUCUAAAAUUGAAAAGAGAAACACAAAAUUAAGAUCCAAAUGUGGAAAUAAUCUAUGGAGCCUACAUGAGGACUUCACAGAGAUUGACUUUCAGCGUUACCGUAGUGCAUCCUGUAGAAACAUUUCAUCUAGGUCAGUAGGGCAAGAUGAUAAUGAACUCCGAAGGCGGGGUUCCGUGUACAGAAGCUCCAACAAUGUAAGGAGGAUGAAGGAAACAGAAGCUGACGAGGGAAGGAGAAAAAUAGAAUUGUCACAAAGCAGUGCCACCACUUUCUCCGUUGGAAUUGUUGAUUCAUUGUGUAGUUCAGACGAGGACAGCUCAUUCACAGAAAAGAGAUCUUCAGUGAUGUAUCAAAACUCGGAUUUAAGUAAAUCAGUUCACAAGCCCCAUAUAGAACCUUGCUUUCAAGGUUUCCUAGAUCUCUCCUCGCAGUCUGUUUCAGAAAGAGGUGUCUCGUCAGAUGGGUUUCUAGAAAUCUCCCUGGACUCAGAAAACAGAGAAAAUCGAUCUGCUGGAAAUGCGGAGACACAACCUAUUGAGGAUUCCAAGCUGAGAUGUGACCCUGGUGCUGGUCCUCUAAAUGAAGCUGAUGCAAACCAGGUGCGAGGGUCUGCUCUUUCUCUGCACAAGUCACUAUCUGCUAAACUGGCACUGCCCCAUUCGCCUGCUCGAACAUCAGAAAGUGAUUGCUCCAAAGCCAGUAGCCCAAAGUCCCGAUUCAGCCCUAUCAGAAAGAUGUUUGAUCCAUUUGUCAAGUCCAAGUCUCAGAGAAGUCCCUUGGGUUCUGCUAUUGAAGCUAGUGAAGUAAGGCCAACCGCGAUGGAUGGCUUCAGCAGGAGCAAAACAUUUCGGAAAUCUCUGUUGCACAAUUUCUCUAAUACAUCUCAGAGUACAGAAUGUAGUUCUCGGUUUGUCAACACAGAGCAACAUAAUUCAGUUGUGCCGUGCUCACCAGCUCAGUUACAUGGCCUUCUUAAGUUCGAAAAUGAACAUGGGGUGCCAUCUUUUGAGUUCACGGUGAAGUCCUCUCCAGAAGUUUUGGUGGCUAAGACAUGGAAGGUGGACAAUUCGUUAAAUUGGGCAUAUACUUUUCACUCUGGUCGCAGUAAAAGAAAGAGUAACACUAGUGGAUGGGGAUUGAAGGAUAACAAAAAACAAUCCCCCAUGGUGGGACAGAUGCAAGUUUCCUGUUAUUUGUGUACAGAAUUAAGAGAUGCAGGAGCUUUUGACAACUCUAUGGUGACAGAAUUUGUGUUGUAUGAUACUGCACGUGCAGGAAAAAGCAUUGCUGUUCAAGAUAAUACUAACUGUUCCCAUGAUUUAGCUAAACCUAUCAAUGUUUUUGAUGAAAGAUUGUUGGGGGGCACUUGCAAGUUGGAUGAUGUCUCCCAUCAAGCAAAGCUCGAAGGCCAACAAAAACACGCUUCCAACAUUGGCCAUUCCGAUACUUACCUGGACAUUGGUCAUUCUGAUUUGUCAAUUCCUCAUCAUUUGAGGGCAGCAGCAUUGCAUCCAAACCUUGAAACUGCGGCUAUUGUCAUACAAUCCCCAAUCGAGAAAAGAGAAAGCUUGAAAUGCAAAGGAGGGGAUCGGAAGACUGAUCAAUCACUUCCAAACUUAUUUGAUGUCUCUGGGGUCAAGCACAUAAAGAAAGGUGGCCCUGAUUGCUUGGCAAAGGUGAAUGUCGUGAUCCCCUUUGGAAGCCAUAGUUUGCCGAGUUCUGAAAGUCGUGGGCCUUCACCAUUAUUAGAUCGAUGGAGGUUGGGUGGAGGAUGUGACUGCGGUGGUUGGGACAUGGCGUGCCCCCUCAUCGUUCUUGGCAAUCCCAAUAUCCAGAGUGCUGAAGACCAUCUGCACAGGGAGACUCAGCAGCCUUUGGUACUUUUUGUUCAGGGAAGUAAAGAGAAUACACCAGCAUUGACCAUAACAGGUAUAGAGGACGGACAGUACGCCAUUGACUUCCAUGCACAGUUAACCACAUUACAGGCAUUCUCCAUUUGUGUUGCUAUCCUGCAUACAAUAGAAGCCUCCAGUGCUGUAGAACAGGACAGAGACAAAAAAUUGAUGCAAUGUGAUUCAAUGAGAGUGCUUAUUGACGAGGAAGUUAAAUAUCUAAUUGAAGCGGUUACAGAGGAGGAGAGCAAGAAAGCCAACAAGAAGAUGGAACAAGUCUCGCCAUCUUUUGUGCUCAACCCACCAUUCUCUCCAAUUGCUCGAGUAUAGACUUGUGGUUUGCUUAGAAAGGCAGAUAGAUUAUCUUUCAAGAAUCCCGGAUUGGUUCCAGGGGGGCUGGUUGGCAGUUUUUGCCUCAGGUUUACUUACCAAGAUGUCCAAAACAUGAAAUCUGGCGGUGCCAGAUACCCAACCAGUGUGCUUGAACUUGAAGUGAAGGCGACAUGGUUAUCCAGAGAUGUCAAGAUUCGAUUUCCAGGCGUGCGCUGCUGGUUCCCAUCCAUUUGAUCACUACAGUGAACGUGGCAAAAUCCUUGUUUUGAUAUAUUCACUAUGUUCUUCUAGUUCAUAGAUAAAGUUCAAAGAAAACUCCAUACUGUUUAUAUUUUAAGUUGAUAGAGAGGGAAUAGAAGUAGUCAUUCAUUUGCUGAGAUACUAGUGUUUCUUUCCUAUUUACUUUUUGUAAUCUAGGAUUGAUUCUUACAGUGGUAAGGUGAAGUAGCUCCUGGAGAUGGUGCCAAAAGCUCCCACUACUGUGCCUGCAGCCAAGAUCAUCUCUUAUCUUUCAA